GGACCCCCGACCCCCGACGACAGAAGGAUACUUCGUGUGGAGAGGACUGCGAGUUUUCGAAAGAAUGGCGUUAAUUUUCGGGAAUCAAGUUCACAAACACUGUUGGCUUCGCUACUCUUGAGGAUAAGGAAUGGCACUUGUAAGUCCAUCUAAAUGGGAUUAUAAUUCCACCAUCAGUUCCCCAGUCGCUCAAUGUGUUCUACUCGAGAAAAUGAUCCAGAUGAAGCAAGUAACCAGUGUUACGAAAAAUGAGCGACCAAUCCAAUCCGCAAGAAGUGACACGCAAUGUUAAAACUUUGCCGCCGAGCUGUCAAAAGCUCGCUCUUGGAAUGCAACAACGAUGGAACAGAGCAAUACCAGAGAGCGAUUACAUUCAACUGGGAACGUUACGCUACGGAGUGAGACUUUCAAAUCCAAACCUCGUAAGCGCCGCAACGAACGAUGACAAUGGGAUUCCCCCGGCUAACCACGGAAGUGCUCUACAGUCCAGAUUCUCCUCCGACUCGUAUGAUCAGCAUACCAACGGGAGUAGCGUUCUGAGCGCUGGCGGCACCAGCAGUAACAGCAGUCGCGGUGCCAAUGAUAGCUGCUGCUGCAUCGCAACCAAUGGCAUUGAAAUGCCAUGGAAUAGUGGGUACGUGCGAACACGCCUACCUGUACCAAGUGGAUAUUUGG